GAUUCAAAUCAUGCAUCCAGUUUGCGUGCAAACAACAGUUCUUUGAAGAAGGCGUCUAAGUAGAUCUGUCACCUUCAAACACCCUCCAAAAUUCAGUUGUGGUGCUCCUUCAAAUCGUGCUUAAGUACAGUUGAUUGGCGCCUGCUUGCAAUUACGACGAUGGCGGUGGUGCGGCAGCGGGCGGUGGCCGCGGGUCGCAGUUUCCACCAGGCAUGGGCAAUGGGGUUUGCAACUUGGCUGCAUCCAAUGCAUCGUGUCUUGGCUCCACAUGCGGAGAUGAAAGCCUGCAGUGACAUCGAGGAACUGACAUUCUCUUGCGCCGAAAGCGCCCCAGCAUGGCAAGCAAAGAGCAAAAGGCACCGCGACACCACUCCUUGUAACGCGGCUGUCAGAGUGACACCAAGCACUUGGCUUUUCGACGAACUGAAAAGUCAACAACAGCAUGAUGUCGGACUGUCACAGCAGCUCAGCAAUCAAUGCGCAAUGGGUGAGGGGCGCCUGCCUGAGGGAAAAGGUCUUCUCUUGAACCCUUUUCUCAGGAUGUUGAAAGAAGAUUCUGGGCGGUUGUGCCACACUCGCAACUUCCACUCAAGAGCAUCAGCAGCGGCAGCGCCAGCACUUGCAGAGCCAGAAACUAGAGGCGAGAGCUUGUACGACCAGCAGAAGGCGCUUGAGCUCACCGAGUUCCCGCCAGAGCGCAUUCGCAACUUCUCAAUCAUAGCGCACAUUGAUCAUGGCAAAUCGACAUUGGCGGAUCGGCUGCUAGAGCUCACAGGGAGCAUUCGUAAAGGGCAGGGCCAGCCGCAGUUUCUAGACAAGCUGCAGGUCGAGCGCGAGCGGGGGAUCACCGUCAAAGCCCAAACUGCGAGCCUGCUCUACAACUACCGACCCCCCCACCCCUCCCUAGUUGCUUCCCCCGGGUGGCACCUCCUCAACCUGAUCGACACCCCCGGUCACGUGGAUUUCAGUUACGAGGUCUCCCGCAGCUUGGCCGCCUGCCAAGGAGCGCUUUUGGUGGUCGACGCGUGCCAGGGGGUGCAGGCGCAAACGGUUGCGAACUUCUGGUUGGCGUUCGAGGCGGGGCUCAACAUCAUUCCCGUAAUCAACAAGAUCGACCAGCCCGCCGCAGACCCCGCCCGCAUCGCCAAGCAGAUCGAGUCCACUUUCGACAUCGACUGCUCGGACGUCCUCCUCUGCUCCGCCAAAACCGGCCAAGGCCUCGAACACGUCCUCCCCGCAAUCAUUGAAAAGAUCCGGCCCCCCGCCGGGAGUCUAGACUCGCCUCUGAGAAUGCUUUUGCUGGACAGUCAUUAUGACGACUACAAGGGCGUCAUCUGCCACGUGGCAGUCGUUGAUGGGGCGUUGCGGCGGGGGCAGAAGAUUGAGUCGGCGGCGACGGGACGGGUGUACGAAGUGGGGGACGUGGGGCUCCUAAGACCGGAGAUGGUUAGCACGGGGAGGCUGUUUACCGGACAGGUGGGUUACCUCAUCGCCGGCAUGAAGAGCACCCAGGAGACCCGCGUUGGCGACACUCUCCACGCAGCAGCCCAGCGCGUCGAAGUCCUCCCGGGAUUCAAACCCGCGCGCCACAUGGUUUUCGCCGGGAUCUACCCCGCGGCCGCCGACGAGUUCGAAGCCCUCAGCAGCGCGAUCGAACGGCUGACGUUGAACGACGCGAGCGUCAAAGUCGAGAAAGAGAGCAGCGGGGCGUUAGGCGCGGGGUUCCGGUGCGGGUUCCUGGGACUUCUGCACAUGGACGUUUUCCACCAGCGGUUGGAACAGGAGUUCGGGACGCAGGUCGUGGUCACGACGCCCACCGUUCCGUACGUCUUCGAGUUUUCGGACGGAACGAAGCUGAACCUGCAGAACCCGGCGCUCCUGCCGUCGGCGCCGAAGCACAAGCUAACUAGAGCGUGGGAGCCGACCGUUACCGCGACCAUUAUCACCCCCACGGAGUUCGUGGGCAGUUUGAUGACGUUGGCGGCGGACCGGAGGGGGGAGCAGAAAGAGUACUCGUUCAUCGACAGUCAGCGCGCGCUGCUGAAGUACCGGUUCCCGCUGCGCGAGAUCGUGACCGACUUUUACGACCAGCUCAAGAGCAUCACGUCGGGGUAUGCGUCGUUCGACUACGAGGAGGCGGAGUACCAAGAGUCCGACCUGGUGAAAUUGGACAUUCUGCUCAAUGGCUCCCCCGUCGACGCGCUCGCGUCCGUCGUGCACCGCAGCAAGGCGCAGCGCGUAGGGCGGGACGCCGUCGAGAAGCUCAAGAAGAUCAUCGACCGUCAGAUGUUCGAGGUUGCCAUUCAGGCGGCGAUCGGGAUCAAGGUGGUCGCAAGAGAGAGCGUCUCGGCGAUGCGCAAGAACGUGCUGGCCAAGUGCUACGGCGGUGACGUCAGCCGGAAGCGGAAGCUGCUGGAGAAGCAAAAGGAGGGCAAGAAGCGCAUGCGGCGGGUGGGCAACGUCGAGCUGCCGCAGGAGGCGUUCCUGGGACUGCUGCGCUCGUGAUCGUGCCACGUGGCACCAUAACCGCGGCGCCGCAAGAAGCUGUCGCACCGCUGCCGGAGGAGGCGAUUCCUGGAGCUGCCGCGCUCCUGAUCGUGCCACGUGGCACCUAUCCACGGCUGUGGCAGAGGUGCUUUGGUUUGGGAGGUACUGCACGAGGCACAGCCCUGGGGGCGCUUUUGCGAAAGGCUGUGCCACGUGGCAUCUCCCGGAAAGGCGUUUGGGAGACUGGUCUGCACCUUGUUGGAGCCACGUGGCAAUUCUCAACGGCAUUACCUGAGACACAAGCGCGAAUUGGGCGAGCAGCUUGCGAGCGGACCCGCAACAAAGUGGGUCUGAUUGCUUGUUAGAACCCGGUUGAAGCAAAUGACGCGAGCAAUCAGACUUUCGUGCCACUGCCUUUGCCACCACGCACUCCUAGACUUCAGUUCGUCUCUGCAUGGCGAAGCUUAGGCCUUGCAUUGGGUGUCCGAGCAUUAAUCUUCAGCGGAAGUUCUUGUUCGAGAAUAAUUCUAUGCGCGUGAGAGGCGGUGAACUUCAGGAAAAAAGGGGUCUGUCUGUACCUAGACCUGCGGGAUACGGUGACAAACUUGACAUGUCUCCUGCACCAAAACGCCCUGCUUCCCAAAUCUGGAACGCUGCUGAGGACUCGAUUGCGUUGCCGUUCUUGCAGUAUGACAUUUCUCAUGGUC